GCCACCCGAUAAGCAGCUGUGCCCUUCAUCUGCCAGCUUUGCCACUCUAUCUGUGGGAACAAGUGAAGCUUGUUCAGUUCUUUGCUCAAGUGACAAGCAGCCAAGAGAUGCGCUUAGGAGAGGCGGAGGAGAGGGGUGGGGUAGCAGACUGAUGGUUUUUUUGGUCUGUUUGAAGUCCCCAGUCUUCGCCAGUUCUGAAAUGCCCUGGCUGGCAUCUGGUGAGGGUCGUGUAUUUCCACGGGCGGGUGGCGCUGCGCCGGUGAUGUGGGGAGGGUCUGCCCGCUUCCAGACUCGUGCCCAUGCCCAGGGCUGGGCGCCACGUCCCGGGGCCUGUUUACACCAGGCUCUUGCUUUGGCUCUGCGGGAAAGAAUGUUCUGGCUGAUGUCUGCUACGGCCUGGGAGAGAGAGAAGAGCUAGGAUGAAGGCCGCCUGUGUCCUGUGUCCGUCCAGGAAUGCAGCGUGGGAGUUACUUGGUGUGCUCUGGAGACCUGAGCAACUCACUUUCCAAAAUGCCAAGCAGAAAAUUUGCCGACGGUGAUGUGGUGAGGGGCCGAUGGCCUGGAAGUUCACUUUAUUACGAAGUCGAAAUUCUGAGCCACGACAGCAACUCCCAGCUGUACACCGUGAAAUACAAAGACGGAACUGAACUGGAGCUGAAGGAGAAUGAUAUCAAGCCCCUGGCGUCCUUCCGGCAGAGGAAAAGCGGCUCCGCGUCCAGCUCCCCCUCCAGACGCCGAGGCAGUCGGUCUAGGUCCCGCUCCCGAUCGCCCGGCCGGCCACCCCGCAGCGCCCGCCGCUCAGCCUCGGCGUCCAACCAGGUGGCGACGCACCAGGCCUCCGACAAGGCCUCGCACCAGGCUCCGUACAAGGCCGACAUCGAGGCCAUGAGGAAGGAGGUGCUGGAGGUGAAGUUGACACCGCUGGUGUUGAAGCCGUUCGGGAACAGCGUCGGCAGGUACAACGGGGAGCCCGAGCUCACACAGAGGAGCGACACGCCUCACAGACACGCGCAGGAGACAUUCCAUCUGCCCCAAGACAGUAGCUACGUGGCUACACAGUACAGCCUUCGUCCGAGAAGAGAAGACAUCAGAGUAAAAGAAGCUGAUCUCAAGGAAGAGAAAGUCAUUCCGAAAGGGUCCACAUCAUCGAGAAGCUUUGAAAUGACAGCGACAAAGACGAAAGACUUAGAGUUUGGAGGAGUGCCAGGUGCCCUGCUCAUCAUGCUGGGGCUGCCUGUCUUCCUCGGCCUCAUGCUCCUCAUGUGCCGCCAGGAGGACCCCAGUCUCCUCAGCUUCCCGCCGCCACUGCCGGACGUGUCUGCGCUGUGGGAGACGAGAGCCUUUGGGGCUUACCUCCUCUGGUUUUUCCUCCAGGCUCUGUUCUCCUUAUUGCCAAUUGGGAAGGUUGUAGAAGGCACACCCCUCUCUGAUGGAAGAAGACUCAAGUAUAGAAUAAACGGCUUCUACGCGUUUCUGCUGACGGCUGCCGUGGUGGGAGCCGCCACCUUCUGGGGCCUGGAGCUUGAUCACGUGUACAACCACUUCCUGCCACUUGCGCUGGCGGCCACUGCUUUCUCUGUGGUCCUCAGUGCUUACCUGUAUGUCCGGGCUCUGAAGGCACCCCGCCAUGAACUGUCACCCGCCAGCUCCGGAAACCCCAUCUAUGACUUCUUCAUCGGCCGUGAAUUAAAUCCUCGGAUUGGUGCUUUCGAUCUCAAGUACUUCUGUGAAUUGCGCCCUGGAUUGAUCGGUUGGGUGGUCAUCAACCUGGUGAUGCUGCUGGCUGAGGUAAAGAAGCACAACUGGGCUGCUCCCUCCCUGGCGAUGAUCUUGGUGAACAGCUUCCAGCUCCUCUACGUGGUGGACGCGCUCUGGAAUGAGGAAGCCGUGUUGACCACCAUGGACAUUAUCCACGACGGCUUUGGGUUCAUGCUGGCCUUUGGGGACUUAGUGUGGGUCCCGUUCAUCUAUAGCUUCCAAGCCUUCUAUUUAGUCUCGCACCCAAACCAAGUGUCCUGGCCAGUGGCUUUUCUAAUCGUUGCUCUAAAACUUUCUGGGUAUGUGAUCUUCCGAUGUGCAAAUUCUCAGAAAAAUGCAUUCCGGAAAAACCCCUCUGACCCAAAGCUUGCGCAUCUGAAGACCAUUCACACCGCAACGGGGAAGAAUCUCCUUGUGUCUGGAUGGUGGGGCUUUGUCCGCCACCCCAAUUACUUGGGGGACCUCAUCAUGGCGCUGGCGUGGUCUCUGCCGUGCGGCUUCAGCCACGUCCUCCCCUACUUCUACGUGAUCUACUUCACCGUGUUGCUCAUCCACCGAGAAGCGCGAGACGAGCACCAGUGUCGGAAGAAGUACGGCGCGGCCUGGGACAAGUACUGCCAGCGUGUACCCUACCGUAUCCUCCCCUACGUCUACUGACUGGCCCGCCCACCCUGUGUGCCUCCCGAUCUGGCUUCCAUCUGCGAAAACAAGGGGGAAAAGUCACCAAAAGGAACCUCUCAUUAUGCUGACAGGAUCUCCAAAUCUCUUUCUGAGUCAUUCUCUUACCAUUUCCACGUUUCUUUGUUAUUAAAUCCUCACAAUUAGCAUUGGAAAAAAUAAAGAGGUCAGCAUUUGCAUCCCAGCGGGAAGCUCUCCAUCGUAAAUGCUCUGAUUUAGGUUGCUUUUCACAGUUUGAUUUUUUUCUUUUGUUACCAGUUUUUUUUUUUUUUAAUGAAAACACUGUUAAAUUUAAAAUGCUUUUAUGUUUUAUUGCAUGAAGAGUAGUCUUCAAAUUCAUUUCCCUUUAUAUUAAAUCGUUUAUUAGCUAUAUGAUCUGAAUUAAAAUUUGAUCCUAUGUUAAAUGUUCUUUGUGAAGAGGGAGAAAAGAUUAUUAAUAGACACUGUAAGGGAGACCGGUAGGAGCAGUUUGCUUAAUCUCUGCUUUGAAAACCACAUUCGAGAGUGUAAAUACAUAGCUUUCAUGUAAUAUAUGGUAACUUCAGAUUUUCCUGUAUAGUAUUUUGAAUGUGAGAUAAUUAUCAGGAUUAAGUAUCUUUUUUAACAAAAACAUUUGCAGUAUUUUUAAUUAAGUUUUAUAAAGCAUUACAGCUGAAUUUAAAGAAAAUUUUAAGCAGUUAGAACUCAUUUACUAUUGUAUAGAAAAUGCUAUUAAAACAUAGGAUAUUUUUCUUAAUCCAAAGUUUGUGAAUUUGGCUUUGCUACCUCAAUUGCAGUUGUUUGUUUGCCUUUAUAAACUUGCAAGUAGGAAGAAAAAGAAAAAAGAAUACAUAUAUUUUUAGAGUAACAUCACUAUUUAAACCUUUGUACACUGAGUGAUGUUUGAAAAUUCUCCAUUUUAGGCUCAUAUAUAUAUAUAUAUAUAUAUAUAUAUAUUUUUUUUUUUUUUUAUGGUUUUGACUUUUUAAAUUAAACUGGUUUUACUGUUGUUUGGCUUAAGAAGUUUGUGCUGGAUUGUGUGUGUCCUUUAUAUUUGAGAAAGUCGACUCCUUGUAAAGGAGCAUGUUUGUUCUUUCCAAGUCUAGCCAUGCAGAGGUACCCAAGACUUAGUGACGGGCACGAGGUAGCUCUCGGCGUGGAGUACUAACUAGUCCACUGAUGCAAUCCCAUUCUUACAGUCCUGGAGCUCAGCUGUUUGAGUAUCUCAAACCAAGGAGGAUCAGAUAAGUGGCGUGCGUGCGUGCGUCUGUGCGUGUGUGUGUGCGCGUGUGUGUGUUGCUUGGGUUUUUAACGACACACUCGGAAGUAGUUGUGACUCAGCUGAUGUGACAUGACUGGCUGUCUCUGGCAUUCUGUAUCCUGUCGACUUGAGCAUUGUUUGGGUGGAAUCUGGCUACUGACGUACGCAAGCAGUCUUUUUUUAUCUUUUUUUUUCCCCCCUUAGGCUUUUCUCUUGGCAUCAAAAAAUGUUGUCUGAGUAUUCUGUGAUAGUUUUAUACCAGGAAAGCUUUGGGGGAGGAAGAAGGGUAUUAAAUCCUUUCCCUGGCAAUGCACAAAAGAGCCUGUUGUUACCGCAGUGGAGCAAUUUCUGUAUAUCAGCUAUAGUCUGUUUUUAAUUGUCUUUUGACAUGUUUGACAAGUUUUAUAAUGAAGUUUUAAAUUGAAAAUAAAGUUGAAAAGAAAUGUA